AUGUCCUCGCCCAAGAUGCUAAUCCGUUGCCUGCGGACUGAGCUGCGCUGGGCUACCAGCGCACACGCGUUGAUAGGCCGACCGGACAGGGUCUACAAUCUGAGGAAGAGGCUUGAGCAGGUCGAUGCUCGAAGGGCGGCCGUGGAGGAGGCUUACUCUGAGCUCGAGGACUUGGAGGUGGAAAAGGGAGUCCUGGAAUCUUGCCGCGCGGACUACGAGCAGUUCCUCGCGCUGACGGACGACCUGAUCGAGGCGGGGGCCAAGGAUGCGGAGAGGGAGCGCGAAGCUCGGCUGAGUAGCCUUCUCGAGUCCCCGCGGAAGCCGUCUGCCCAGCCAGAGCUGCUAGGACGACUUCCGACGCUGGACCUGCCAAGGUUCUCCGGGGUCCUCUCGGAGUGGAUGACCUUCGUCGGCCUGUUUGACAGCCUGGUGGACGCCCGGAGGGACCUGACCCCCUGCCAAAAAAUGGGGUACCUCCUGGCUUCACUAGAGGGGGAGGCCCUGAGCGUCGUCGGCCACCUUAAGUUGUCGGACGACGCCUACCAAAACGCCAGGGACCUCCUCGCUGGAAGGUACGCCAACGUCCGGCGGAUUGCGGACGAUCAUGUUCGGAGGCUGCUGAACCUCCCGCUGCUGAAGGACCGGACUAGACUACGUGAAGACAUAGUGAAUCCAGUCGUCGUAGCGUGCAACUCGUUGCGGCGGCUGGAUUUACCUGUGGACGAGUGGUCUUUUCUGCUCCUUCAUAUAGUGCUGUCCCGCCUGCCCCUCGACCUUCGGCUCCAUUUUGAGGAGAGGUUCGGAGGGGAUGGCGCCUCUUAUAUGCCCCCCUUUAGGGACCUGCUGCGGUUCCUGGAAGAGCAGUGCAGGCUGCUGGAGAACGCAGCAGGCGCCGUCGAGGGCCCCCCGGCCUCCUCCCGAGCGGUGCCCAGGGAAAGGCGGAGUCAGCCGGCCAAGGCGGCGCCCACCCCCCUGAGGCCGAGUGUAGCCCCCGCGGGAGGGCGCCCCCCCGUACCCUCCUAUAGUGGCCUAGCGGCCCGGGAGGCGCCUCCCUGCUCCUAUUGUCGAGCAUCCGACCACCGGACGGCGUCGUGCCCGAAGUUGUUGCGCAAGCCGGCUAAGGCGAGGCGAACCAUCGCCAGGGAGCGCCGCUGGUGCUUCUCGUGCCUGGAGAGGCAUUUACAACGAGACUGCCCGCACCAGCGGCCCUGCACGCACUGCCAGGGCAACCACAACGUCCUCUUGUGCCUGGGUGCGCGCGGCUCGUCCUCGCAGGGCCCUGCCAGCCCCCCGACUCCCACGGGCGGGGGCGCCCAGCCACGCCCACUGUCGGGCGACGCUCGGCGCUCACCGGCGGACCGCAGCGCCCCUCCUUCUGAAGGGAGCCCCUCCCCCGAUCGGUCGGGGAGUCGUUCCCCCAGGGGCGGGGGGGUCUUCACCCCCCCUCCCCGAGUUGAUAGUGGAUUCGCGGCCACUCAGCGGUCAGCUAGACCUUUCUCACCCCCGUUGGCUGAGUGGCCGCGACUGGAACGCCGCCCGCCCCCCUUUGGCCGGUGCCGGUACUACCGGGUUCCGGAGACUGCGUAUCGGCCCCGAGCCUUGGAGCCGAGGAUCCCCGAGUUUCCCUCGGUCGGCCCGUUCGGGGAAUUCCAGUCGGGGGUCAUCGAGACGCCGUCGGAGUGCCGCGCUCGGGCCCCCCGGUUCGGGUGCCGGCCUAACAGAGGCAGCUCCAGAUAG